GAAUUGAAGUUGAAAGGCAAAGCAAAGCAAAAUAAUAUUGAAACGCAAGGUUAGAAGGAUCAGAGAGAGAAAAAUGUCUAUGAGAGGAAUCGGAGGACCCCUUUUGUGCAUCGGAGAUCUCCUGAACGACGUCGGAGAAGAAGAACAACAACACGGACAAGGACACUCUCUCCUUCGCGAAACCUUUCCUUCUUCUUCCAAUUUCAACUACAACGAUCCACCCCCUGACCUCACCAAACUCUUCCAGGAACACUACGACCACUUGAAUUCCGCACUCUCUGGCACCGACCACUCCUGGACCUCUCUCACCUUGAAGUUAUGCACUGCACUAGAAACUUCAAAUCAGCUGGUUCAAUCUACCAACACAAAUGUUGCAUCCUUGUCAAAGAAGGUUGAGGACCUUCAGAAAAUUGUUAAGAGAGGGGAUUCUGCGAUAGCAGCAGCGAAGGCACUUUAUUAUGUUACCCCAGACAAUCACAGUAGUGCCUCAAAGUGAAAGAAGUUGGUCAACAUGGAGCUUACUAUCCACUCAAAGUCAGUUUCAUGCGAAAUAAGUUUCCCCCCUAUUGCAUGCUUUGUACUUAAAGAAAACCAAGGUAAUGCUGAAAACAAAGAGGAGACAAGUAUAUACUGUUGUUUCUUAAAUUUAAUAUUGUGUCUUGUUGCGGUAUAAUAUGUUGCUCAACCCACAGAAUUUGUCACGUUAACAUUUACUCAUGAACCAAGAAGCAGAAACUAGGAGGAUUCAGGAA